AAAAUAUCAUAACACGAGGAAAUAGGGCUUGAUUUUUCUCAUAUCCGGCCGUUCCUCUCUCAGAAUUGUGCAUCUUUAUAUAUAUAUAUAUAUAUAUAUAUCUAUGUACAUAUACCCGCCAUUUUAUUGUGAGAUCAUAAAUAUAGAUUUCAUAGUCGUCUUCUCCCUCCUUGUUCUCAUUCUCCGUGUCGUUUGUCGCUUGUCCUUUCCCUUCCUUUCAACAACCUACCUUUCUCUCUCCUUCAAUUAGUUCAAGUAAUUGCUGAUGAAACUGGAGCACAAGGACGAGGGGAUCGCCGAUGCAGGCAUGAAGAGGUAUAGGAAUGGUGAGAUUUGGGAUUUCGAGCACGAAAUGCCAGUGGCGGAUGGUGCCUCCGGCGUCGUUUUGGGGUUGGAUGGCGGCACAACCUCCACAGUUUGCAUUUGCAUGCCCAUAACCCCCUUUUCCCACCCUCAAAUCGAAUCUCUUCCCAUCCUUGCACGUGCUGUUGCCGGUUGCUCUAAUCACAAUAGCGUCGGAGAAACUGCUGCAAGGGAAACAUUAGAGCAAGUUAUGGCAGACGCACUUUCAAAAUGUGGCUCAAAACGAUCUUCAGUCCGAGCUGUUUGCUUGGCUGUUUCUGGUGUUAACCAUCCAACAGAUCAACAAAGGAUUCUCAAUUGGCUUAGAGAUAUAUUCCCAAGCCAUGUGAGGCUGUAUGUUCAGAAUGAUGCUUUGGCUGCUUUGGCAAGUGGAACAAUGGGCAAACUCCAUGGGUGUGUAUUAAUAGCUGGGACAGGGACCAUUGCAUAUGGAUUCACUAAAGAUGGCGGAGAAGCGAGGGCUGCAGGUGCAGGACCAGUCUUAGGUGACUGGGGCAGUGGAUAUGGAAUAGCCGCACUGGCAUUAACUGCUGUAAUUAAGGCAUAUGAUGGCCGUGGUCCAAGUACAAUGCUAACAAGUAGUAUUCUACAACUUGGUCUUUCUUCCCCUGAAGAAAUAAUUGGGUGGACCUAUGCAGAUCCCUCUUGGGCUCGUAUUGCAGCACUUGUCCCAGUUGUGGUGUCCUGUGCAGAGGCUGGAGAUGAGGUCGCAAAUAAUAUCCUGCUUGAUUCUGUCAAAGAACUGGCUUCAAGUGUGAAAGCUGUUGUAGAGAGACUUGGAUUAUGUGGUGAAGAUGGAAAGGGUACUUUUCCCCUUGUUAUGGUUGGUGGUGUUCUUGAAGCAAACAGGCGGUGGGAUAUAGGAAAAGAAGUCACAAACCACAUCUCUAAACACUUUCCCGGUGUCCAGCCCAUUAGGCCUCAGGUUGAGCCUGCAGUUGGGGCAGCGUGGCUGGCAUGGAAUUCUUUCAUGAAAGAAUAUCACAAAGAAAUAUGCGGAAGCUGAAUGGAUGGAAUGAUGGUUAAGAGAAAAGAAAACAAAAAAAAAGGUGAUGUAAGGUACUCAAUAUUGUUGAUUAAUGUGGUUAACAUUGUCAAAUUUACGCUGAAAUAAACUGGCUUUACAUAUAGUUUAUGUGCCUUGAGUAGUUUCCUUGCACUUGUCAGGCCCGCUUUCAUCCUUCCACACACUCCUUCCUUCCUAUUAUUUUUAGUUAACUUAAACAUUAUAUAUGAUGUAAAUACUUCUUUGUAAUGGAGUAAGCAGGUUCGAGUCUCA